UUUGCAUCUUUUGCUUUUAUUUUCAACUUUUGGAUUAUUAUUUUAAAUGCAAACAGUAAAAGUCGAUAAAUUUCCGAUAGAGAUAAUUGAAAAAACUCGACUAUAUAUUGCUCUUCACAUCUCUAGUAGCCGACUGCAGCUUCAGUGCCUUAAGGCAGCCGCAGAAACUUUGUCUCUAUUUUAUAAACAUCUAACCGUUUUGUUGAAUUCGGGUAGAGUAAUAAGUUACUGUAUUCGUGACUAAAUCAGUGGAGUGGUGUAUACCGGUAAAACAGCUGGAAUAGAGGCAUUUCCAAAAAAAAAGCACGCAAUGGAUGUUGGAAAGAAGCGCAGACGUUGGACAAGCGAACUGGAGGAUGUCAUGAUUACCAUGUGGGCACAGAAAAAUCAUGAGUUACUUGGUCCAGGAAAGAACACACAAGUCUACGCUGCGAUCGUGGAGAAAUUUAAAGAAUAUAAUAUUGACAUAAAUAAUUUGGAAGUGAAAAAGAAGAUUGAGUCACUGAGAAAAAGAUUUGACAUAGAAAAAAAUCAAGUCGAUUUGGAAGGUUCAUCAUCUUGGGUACAUUACAAGAAAAUUGCAAAAAUUUUAGCACAAUCGAAGCUAAUAAACCAAGAUUUGGACACCGACGAAAUAACACAAGAAAGCAUCUUUAUCAAGAGUGAUGACUCUCUUGACUUCGCUCACGAGGAGGAAGAAUGGAAAGCAGAAGAAUUUGCGACAGGCUCGCAAACAGCUGAAUCAAUUGAUAAUCAUGACCGCUAUGAUUGUGAGCAAUACGAUGAACCAGCCUCAAAGAAAAUUAAAAUUGGUAACGAAAUUGACAGAACAACUGAAUUACUAGAGGACAGCAGCUAUUAUUUGAAGGUUAUAAGUCAAGAGGCUGUCAAGAAGACUACAAUUCUGGAGUCGAUCGCGAAUUCUUUUAUAGAAAAUCAAAAGAUCCUAAUUCGCAACCAAGAGCGAAUGGCCAUCAAUCAGCAGCUUAUUGCUAGCAAUCAGGAGCGUAUCAUGAACCUUCUGGAGAGGUUGAGAAAAAAAUAAUGAACUUUUGUGCCUUCCUUAUCUUGGAAUUUUUUUUUACUUUUAAUAAAAAUAAAUUUGACAAAU